AUGCCACGACUGUUCAAUACACGGCGCCUCUUCCUUUGCGGAAAGAAUAGGUUCACCCUUUGCAGCGGAAUUUAUGUGCUUCUCCUGGGCUUUAUAUCAACUGUGGUGGUGAUGCAACUCCACAGGAACUCGGAACCCCAAGAGUUGGGGGUUCAUGCUCCUCCAUCCCCUCGGAUUUUCUGCAUAAUCGCCACCUUUGCGUACCGCCAUGACCACAUGGCAAUCCACCUCCAUCGAACUUGGGUCAAGCACUGCGAUCACUAUCUUUUCGUCAGCGACGAUGUUCACUACUUUUUGGAACCCGCUGUAUUUUUGCAUCUGCACGACAAAUGGCAACAGAUGAGGGCCCAUUUGGGGUACGUCUACAAGAAUCACUUCAAUCAGGGCGACUGGUUCAUCUAUGCCAAUGAUGACAAUUUUGUUAUAGUGGAGAACCUUCGACAUAUGUUGAUGUCCUACAGCCCCGAUGAGCUUAUCUAUUUUGGCUGCAAAUUGAGGUCGCCCAAUGGUCAGAUCUUUAUGCACGAUGCUUCUGGAAUUGUCUUCAGUCGAGCUGCCCUAAAAAGAUUUUCAUUAGCAGCCCUGACCAACGAAAGUAUCUGCAGCUCAGAGAAAAGGGGAAAUGAGGCCACCGAGGAACUGGGCAGAUGCCUCACCAAUGUGAAUGUAAUUCCUGGCAAUAGUCGGGAUGAGUUGCUAGGACAUCGAUUCCUGCCCUUCGAAAGUGAUGUCCAUUUGGGAGGAGUAUUAAAUAGAUCCCUGGAUAUGCACAAGUAUUUCCUGGACUAUUCAUACUACCCAGUGAUCGAUAUGAACGUGCCCGUUUCAUUGAGUUCAAUUUGUUUUAAGCUUCAUUCCUAUGGAGACUGUUAUGACCUGUACUACUUUACAUAUAAAGUUCGUAUGUUUGGACUUUCAUCUCAUUUAAACACUGGAAAUGAGAUAAUGGGAUAAAAACUUGGAGCACCUAAAUAUAUGGAAAAGACA